GUGGCCAAAUGAGUGACGAACGCUAGCUGUCACGUGAGUCUGCAGUAACGUGACUCCCAGAAACAGGAAGUGUAGAACAAACGGAGAACUGGUGAUAAACACGCAGGUCUGUCCGGGUGCUCAGAGAUCAGCGGUGUACGGCCGGUCAGCCUGAAACACAGCCGGUGGGAGUCCAGAGGCUUCAGACGGCAGCAGGCAGUUAUGGGCUCCAUGUUCCGCAGUGAGGAAGUGUGCCUGGUGCAGCUCUUCCUUCAGUCUGGCUCGGCCUACAACUGUGUCAGUGAGCUGGGAGAACUGGGCCUGGUUGAAUUCAGAGAUUUAAAUCCAAAUGUGAACGCCUUCCAGAGGAAGUUUGUCGGCGAGGUCAGACGAUGUGAGGAACUUGAGAAAACUUUGAGCUUCCUGGAGCAGGAGAUCCGGCGCUCCCUGUCCCCACCCUUGCAGGGUCCCCUCCCUCCUCCGUGCCCCACACCUUUGUCCCCUCAGCCCCGCGAACUCAUCACCAUAGAGGAGGAGUGCGAGAGGCUGGCCCGAGAGCUCAAAGAGGUGUCCAGGAACAGAGACAGCCUGCGGGCUCAGAUGACCCAGCUCUCUCAGUACCAAGGAGUGCUGACCAGGACACACUUGCUCACAGCCUCACUGGCGCCACCCCCUGUACUGGAAACCCAAGGCCUGUUCGAUAACCGCCAAGAUGUCCACCUCAGUUUUGUGGCAGGAGUGGUCCAUCCUUGGAAGGUCCCCUCGUUUGAACGGUUAUUGUGGCGGGCGUGUCGCGGAUAUAUCAUCGUGGAUUUCAGAGAAAUGGAAGAUCGACUCGAGCACCCCGACACGGGGGAAAUGGUGCAAUGGACUGUGUUCCUCAUCUCUUAUUGGGGCGAUCAGAUUGGACAAAAAGUGAAGAAGAUAUGUGAUUGCUUCCGCACACAGACGUUUGCAUACCCGGAGAACACAGCUGAGAGAGAGGACAUUCUUCAGGGACUCCAGGGCAGAAUUGAAGAUAUCAAAUCUGUGUUGCUGCAGACCGAGUCCUUCCUGCAGCAGCUGCUGAUGCGGGUGGUGGCGGUGCUGCCCCAGUGGAAGGUGUGUGUGCAGAAGUGUAAGGCGGUCCAGACGGUGCUGAACCUCUGCAGCCCCUCCGUCACGGACAAAUGCCUGAUCGCUGAGGCCUGGUGUCCCAUCACCAAGCUGCCUGAGCUGCAGAGCGCCCUGAGAGAGGGAGGGAGGAAGAGUGGCAGCAGUGUCGACUCGUUCUACAACCGGCUGCCUUCCUCCGCCACCCCACCCACCCUGUUUCCCAUCAACUCCUUCACAGCUGGCUUCCAGAACAUUGUUGAUGCCUACGGAGUGGCCAGCUACCGCGAAGUCAACCCAGCGGUGUACACCAUAAUCACCUUCCCCUUCCUGUUCGCUGUGAUGUUUGGGGAUGUGGGUCAUGGUCUACUGAUGACUCUGGGUGCCCUCUGGAUGGUCCUCGAGGAGAAGGACCCCAAACUCAGAAAUAACGACAAUGAGAUCUGGAGGAUGAUGUUCGGAGGAAGGUACCUGAUUCUGCUGAUGGGGCUCUUCUCCAUCUACACAGGGGCCAUUUACAACGAGUGCUUCAGCAGGGGCCUCAGCCCCUUCAACUCAGGCUGGCACGUGGGCCCGAUGUUUGAGAAGAACAUCUGGAAUGCAUCAGUCCUGGCAGGGAACCAGUACCUGUCGAUGGAUCCUGUGGUCCCUGGGGUUUUUAACGCCCCCUACCCAUUUGGCAUUGACCCGGUCUGGGGGAUGUCCAACAACAAACUAACUUUCCUUAACUCGUACAAGAUGAAGAUGUCUGUCAUUAUCGGUGUCGUACACAUGACCUUUGGAGUCUGCUUGUCGUUUUUUAACUACUGGCACUUUGGCAAGAGGAGCAGCAUCUUGUUUGUGCUGAUCCCAGAGCUGUUCUUCAUGCUCUGCCUUUUUGGCUACUUGAUCUUCAUGGUGAUCUUCAAGUGGAUUGUUUACAGUCCCGCCCAGUCCAAAAUCGCUCCCAGUAUACUGAUCCACUUCAUAGACAUGUUCCUCUUCACAGACAACCCCGAGAACCCCAAACUCUACGGAGGACAGAUUCUGGUGCAGCAGAUCCUGGUGGUGCUGGCUCUGUGUUCUGUGCCGGUCCUCCUCUUCGGGAAGCCCACGUACGAAUACAUCACAUUCAAGAGAAGACGACGUCAUCUACAGGGGGGAGACAGACGUCCGCUGAUGGCCGAUGAAGGCUCCAUUAACGCUCGUCAGGGGGAGGUGGAGGGAGGAGCUGCUGAGGAGGAGGAGGAGGAGGAGGAGUUUGACGCUGCAGACGUGUUCAUGCAUCAGGCCAUCCACACCAUAGAGUACUGCCUGGGCUGCAUCUCCAACACCGCCUCUUACCUCCGACUCUGGGCCCUCAGCUUGGCUCACGCACAGCUGUCGGAGGUGUUGUGGGUCAUGGUGAUGCGCAUCGCCCUGAGGUGGGAUGGCUAUGUGGGGUCUGCAGUCCUCUUUGUGGUUUUUGCCUUCUUCGCUGUGUUGACGGUCUGCAUCCUGCUGGUUAUGGAGGGACUCUCAGCCUUCCUGCACGCGCUCCGUCUGCACUGGGUGGAGUUUCAGAACAAGUUCUACAGCGGGACGGGCUACAAGCUGAGCCCCUUCUCCUUCUCAUCUCUCAUCAGUGGAUCAGCUGCUAUAUGACCAGCCAAAUCCUCUCUUAGGACUACAUCACGGUUACUUUAAAUUAUGUUUAUUAUAUAGCAUUUGGACUACAACUACACACAUCAGAAUCAAUGUGUCCCCUGUCUAUUGCCUGUUGGCUCUGAAAUGGUUAAAUGGAAGUGAACAAUGAUCAAAAGACUGUUAUUAUCUCUCGUAUUCCCUAGAGAGUGAAUUACAAUUGCAUUAUAUGAAAUGAAAAAAUAUACUUUUGUAUCCCCUUGCUAAUUUUAUUUCCACUAUUAGUAUUAUGUACUACUUUUUAAUUACUCUUUCAGUAGCUUAAAAAAUACUAAUCUUUUACUUUUCAAUGUAUGAAUAUGUAUUGUAUGCAUCAAUUAUAAAAAGGGAAAAUAGACCAAUUCAUGAAUCUGUUCUGCAAUUCAAGGGAAUGCAUGAUUUUCACGUUGGUUUAUUGUGCUUAGAAAAGCCAGCCCUGUGUGAUUGUUCUAAUGAUGGCAGGGAAUUAUCUGAAUGAUUACAUGAGCCAAAGAUCUGUGUCCCUCAUCGCCUUGUCUUCCGAGUACUUCACACAUUUUUUGGUACUAACACUUUUUUCAGGUGCCUUACUAAGAGUAUUUGUUUAUCCAUGAAGUCUUUUGGACAGAUCAUAACUCCCAUCAUCAUGACACUAUUUUGAACAAAACUCUGCCAGGACAGCUCUCCUUUUUAUGCCGAUUUGCACUGUAAAAUGGAUAAAAUUCAAACUGAAAUUAAAUAUGAUUUUCUUGUGUAAUCUUUUUGUUUCAUUCAUUGAACAGGUUACCUUUGUUGCCUGGUCAUGCUUUUUAAUGUGUCAGAUGUUUUACAUUCAUUUGUGAGUGUACUAGUGUUGGAGAUUUAUACAAAUCCUUCACCUUUGUGUAAGUAUGAAAAGUAUUACCACCAUUAAAAAAAAUAACAACUCUUAAUCGUAAAGCCAUUAAAAAGAUUACUUAAAUACAAAUAUAAAAGUAUUAUCUGCUAAUUAUACUGCAUGGAAUAAAAACGUUUGAAUAUG